ACAACCGUUAGGUCACCCAGAGAAGAGAGAGAAGAGAGAGAGACCAGAGAAAGAAGAGUAGAGAAAGAAGAGCAGAGAAAGAGGUUAACGAGAAGAACGGUCGUCGUCGUACACAGUUAGGCAGCCGGAGCAGAUCUACACCACACCUCUCAUCAAUUUUUUGUACCCAAUCUUCAGGCAAAUGUCAUCGAGCAAUAGUUAUUACCGAGCGGAGAGUGAGACCAAGAAAGGGGUUACCAACACCCCCAAACUUCUGUAUAAGCCAAGAAAUUGUUAUUGUGGGACAAGGGUUGAAAUUAAGGUUGUUGAAAAGAGUGAGAAGUCGAAAGGAGAAUUGUAUUUUAUAUGUCGUAAGGAGAGGGCAGCUCGGUGUGGGUUCUUUGACUGGUGCCUCCUUGUGGAAUGGACAAGCAGUGGUCAAAUUGGCGGUUGGGGAUCGACUGAAUAUACCAAUGUCUGUGCUUCCAAUGUCUGUGCUACCAAGGUCAUUGAUGAAGUUGUAGCACUUGAGAAAGAGGUUAUGAUCAUUCGACAACAAUUGGAGUAUUCAAAGAUGUUGACAAAGUUUUUGGCCAUAUGCAUUGUUAUCGCGAUAGGGGUCAUCGUGUUGAAAUGAAGAUGGGAGAUGUUAUUAAAUUCAGAUUCUAGUAUGGCUAUGUGUUAGCCAAGUACUGAUGCCCACGUUAUUUUGUAAUUUCCCAACUUUUUGUCAUUAUUAUGUUGUAAUAGGAAUUGGCAAGAUGUAGCAGAAACUUAUUGUAGUUAAUUUAAUUCGGAGUAUAAAUGUUGGCUUGUUUAGUCGUACUUAUGACCUAUGUGUUGAACCUAAGUACCAUUUUCUU